AUGAUGAAAACUGCACCUUAUAGCAGACCCGUGGGCGGUAAGAAACAAUGUUUAGCUGUGUUGCUGGACCCCCAACCAGUCAACUCAUCGAAGGCGUGGAAACAACCGAAGAGUUGUGCUUCGGCCUUUACUCUAUUACAGAAGAGCACGAGGGACGAAAUUCUCCGAGCUGUGCAGGGGAGAAAAGAGUUGCAGCUGUUCCUGGACGACCCGAAUACCGCCGUCUUGUGUGUGCGGGCACACCCUGGUGGAGACCUGCGACUGGACAACGGCCUCGAGCUUCUCGAUGGAGGCUCAGAGCGAGAGACGAAAGAGGGUGGAGAUGAGGAUGAAUCGCCGGCCGAAGGUCGCGUCGGUCUUCAUUUCGUGAAGCUAAGGCCUGAACCUGUCACGGGCGGCAACAUUAGGAGCCUCGUGCAGGUGUCCUCGAUGACAGGGUCCCCGCUGAAUAGCCUGUAUCAUUCGGUCCAUUCAGUCUACGCCCCCGCCUUGCUGAAAAACGAGGCCGGCAGGCAGGAGCUCAGCGGAAAGGUCCAGUCCGUGAUCGCCCUGCUGGAUUCCACUCUUGGCGACGCGGUCAUAUACGGCGGAGGCGGGGAUAUUAGCCACGACAACGACAACAGCAGCCACAACAACAACAGUAACGAAGACCGGAAGGGCAACACAUCGCGGCAGAAUGGAAAUCUUUCCUGUUUCGGGGGCAUCGUGUACCCUUCCGACGAGUUCCAAUUUUGGUCGGGAUACUCCGGGAGAGCAGCCGACAGGGAACUCGUGACAGCGGUGGCGAGGGCGCUGGAGCCUUUGCGGGAACCGUUCGCCGCUCUUUCGGGCCUUCAGACGGAGGAGCUCGAAGAGCUGAUGGAUAUUACCCACACGGCGUUGGACGAAGUUUGGAAGGCCGACGGCGGGGGGGGGGCUAGGGGGUCGUACCCCCAGGCGCGAAUGGCCCACCUGUUCGACGUCAUCGGGGCCGCCCUUUGCAGGCACGUGCAGGAGAAACUCCGACCUCUAGACAUAUGGGCGGGACCUCUGAGCGACGUCCGCACCAGACUGCUAGAAGGGGCGCAGAUCUGUUCGAAGUGGUGCCGCAUCACGGAGGAACUCUCUUCUUCUUACUGGUCGGGGUUCAUUCAGCACCCUUGGAAAGGCGACCCUCACGUCGACAACCUAACCGCGGGCACAGCGGCGAGGCUGGAGGAAAUCCACCGCUUGAGAACGACGCGGGAGGAGCUCGGACGACUCCUCGGACGUGGACGGGGCGGCGGCAUGGCGGACGACUCCCACGAGAUCUUCAAGCCGUUCCGGGAGAUGUCUGCGCUGAGCUACAACCCAUACACUCAGCAGGAGUGGGAGUCGCGGGUAAAGGACUUCGAGAAGUCUCUGCAGCCCUUGGAGACCGCAGCUGCCAACAGCUUCCGCAGGCGCAUCGGGGGAAUGAACGCGAGGCCUCAGUUGCUCCUGAAGGAGUUUCAGAGGUUUGCCAAUUUGAUGAGGCGGCGGCAGAUCCGAGAGGCAUUAGGGAGCGAACGAGAGGCCUUGCUCAGUCAGCUUACGGAGCAGAUGGCGGAGCUGGAGGCGGCGUUCGACGAGCAAGACCUGUCCUCCGGAGUUCAUGGCCACCACCCCUCUGCGGCUGGCGAUACCCUACCUUGGGGUCGUAACUUGUCUCCCAGAAUCCGUGGCGUGGUGUACUGCCGCCAGCUAUGCGCACGUGUCCGGGCCACCGGGGAGGCCGCCUCCAGCGUGCUCUCAGACCUAUCUAGCUUCAGAGCUUUCGAGGAAAUUUCUUCAGAGUUGGUGAGGAAGACCAGGCGGCGAGAGGCCUCCCUUUUCGAGGAAUGGCAGGAGGAGGUGCAGGACGGGUUGGAUGGGGGAGAGCUCAGCACACAGAUGCGGGGCAAGCUCAUGGACAUCGACAAGAGGGGAAUCCUGGUGGUGAACUAUUCCGAACGCCUGGUGACCCUGCUGCGAGAGGUGCGCCAGCUGUCCGAGCUGGGGCAUGCCAUCCCGUCGAAAAUAUCGAAGACGGUUUUGCCAAGCGGACAGGCAGUUUUUUUCUUUGCUGCCUCGCUGGGGUCCAUCAUGCUUUAAGGGCCGGUCGCCCCGGUGGUCUAGUUGGUAUCCUCGCAACCCUCUAGAGGUCAGGUCAGGGGUUCGAAUCCCCGCGUAAGCAAGCUUUUCUUGCAAAGUGAGUUUUUCUCUCGCUUCCGCUCCUGGCCUAGUGGAUAGCGCUAGUUCGUGUGUACACAGAGGGAAGAGAGUGCUGAACUCUUCUCGCAUUAAAAAUCGCAGGCAAAGUACCGCAGAAGGGGAGGGUAGAGAGGGGCUCUUCUGUGUGACCACGGGUUGGAGUAAACGACACUAGUGCUGUGAGCGCUGAUUUGAAGUGAAGACAAAAAAAAAAAAAA